AUCGAGUCUGAUAGGGAGAGAGAGAGUUAAAGGCGAAGAGACCUGCAGGUGCAUUCGGCCUUCGUUCGCAUUCCGUUACGAAAUUCCUAGUAACUAAGACUAACAUCCGUUGAAAAAGGUAGAAAAAGAAUGGGGGAGGAGGGAGGAUAAGAAAAAACGUGAAACUUGGACAAAAUUUGACUUGUUAUUGUUGUUGUUGUUAUUGUUGAUGUUAACCCUGUUGUUGUCCGGUGAAGAGGGUCUCCGAAAACUGUUCGUCGUUGUCGCGGUGCAUCAGCGUCGCCAAAAACCAAAAAAGUAAAAAAAAAAAAAAAAAAACGCCAGUUCUCUCAGAGGAAUCGGUGGAACCGAUCUUGGAAUAUCGUCGCGCGUUCAUCCCGUGCAGUGUGUCUUCGUAACAAUUAUUCUUCAUUAUCGUCACUGCUGUGCUCUUCGACGAUGAAUUGUUCAAAUCCCCACCAAUGAUGUGAAGAAAUAUUUGCAAAAAAAAAAAAGAGGGAAAAUAAAAAAAAUAACCGAACGGUCGCAAUUAAUUCUGGUGAAUCUUGAAGCGCUUGCGAAUGGUUCGGUGUUUGACGGUGAUAAAAAGGGUUAACGAUCACCUAAUACUAGCAGCGAAAGGUGCUGAAUCAAUCUGGAGCGUCGUGUAAUUUCUGCAACUGUACCGGAUUGUCUUGCAGGGUCGGCGGGCACCGGGUCGAACGAAAGGCCAGGACGGAAGAAAGCGAGGAGAAAUGAGGCGGACGUGACGUCACAAUGACAUGAUGAAGAGCCUGGUGGGGAUCAUGUGGAUAGUGUUGGUGCUUAUAUCAGGAUGCUCAGGAAAUCCAGAUGCCAAGCGACUCUACGACGACCUCCUGUCAAAUUACAACAAGCUGGUUCGACCCGUGGUCAACGUUACCGAUGCCCUCACCGUCAAAAUCAAACUCAAACUGUCUCAGCUGAUUGAUGUGAAUCUGAAAAAUCAAAUCAUGACGACGAAUCUCUGGGUUGAACAGUCCUGGUACGACUAUAAGCUAAAAUGGGACCCGAAGGAAUACGGUGGUGUGGAAAUGCUGCACGUGCCAUCGGACCACAUAUGGCGACCCGACAUUGUGCUCUACAACAACGCCGAUGGUAAUUUUGAGGUAACGUUAGCCACCAAGGCAACGUUGAAUUAUACGGGUCGAGUCGAAUGGAAACCACCUGCGAUUUACAAGUCCUCAUGCGAAAUUGACGUCGAAUAUUUCCCCUUCGACGAGCAGACCUGUGUAAUGAAGUUUGGCUCAUGGACCUACGAUGGUUUUCAGGUGGAUCUGAGGCACAUAGACGAGGUACGAGGCAGCAACGUCGUUGAAAUCGGAGUCGAUUUAUCAGAAUUCUACACCUCGGUGGAAUGGGAUAUACUCGAGGUUCCCGCUGUCAGGAAUGAAAAAUUUUACACCUGCUGCGACGAACCCUACCUAGACAUCACCUUCAACAUCACCAUGAGGCGAAAAACUCUGUUUUAUACGGUCAACCUCAUCAUCCCUUGUAUGGGAAUUUCCUUCCUCACAGUUUUAGUCUUCUAUCUACCGAGCGACAGCGGCGAAAAGGUCAGUUUGUCCAUAUCGAUUCUGCUGUCGCUCACCGUGUUCUUCUUGCUUCUGGCAGAGAUCAUUCCUCCGACGUCAUUGGUGGUGCCUCUUCUAGGAAAAUUUGUCCUCUUCACGAUGAUAUUAGAUACAUUUAGCAUAUGCGUGACGGUGGUGGUGCUGAACGUGCAUUUCAGAUCACCGCAAACUCACACAAUGGCACCAUGGGUUCGCAGAGUUUUCAUCCACGUUCUUCCCAGGCUGCUGGUGAUGCGAAGGCCGCAGUACCAGAUCGACAAACGAAGCAUAGGAGGUCAUCACAACCAUCGAGUAAUGGUGAGGACCUGCAACGGCCUCGAGUUGAGAGACCCCUCGCUCUUCGUCGAGGCUUCGGCCUCGGAGCUCGUAGAGUCGUCGGUGUUGUUCCCAAGUCUCGAUUCCCGGGACGAGUUGAAUCCCCGCGAGUUGGAAGCAGUGAAUCUCGGGAGCACGUGUAGAAUCCACGGAUCUCCGGCACCGGCACCGGUCGUACCUCAACCCCAGCUGCCCACACAGGAGAGCGUGGAUGCACUUUGUCAUUCUCUUCAUCAUUGGCACCACUGCCCCGAGUUGUACAAAGCCAUCGAAGGGAUCAGAUUCAUAGCCGAUCACACGAAGAGAGAAGAAGAUUCUACCAGAGUAAAAGAAGACUGGAAAUACGUUGCCAUGGUGUUGGACAGGCUAUUUCUAUGGAUAUUCACGUUAGCCGUCGUAGUCGGUACUGCCGGUAUAAUUUUACAAGCCCCAACGUUGUACGACGAUCGCAUACCGAUCGACGUUCGGUUAUCAGAAAUCGCGUCAACCACUGCCAAACCACACAUCGCCACGAUUCUCUGAGGCACGAUUGCUCUCCCAUUUUCAUCUUCAUUCUGAGAAUAAAACCGGCUGUUUCGUACGGUAGAUAAUUUUAUUAUCAGUGGUAAUUGAAUAUGUUAAAUAUCACCGAUUCGUACAGUUACCUACCACUGGGGCGUCUACGUCUCUCGAUGGUAUUUAUUAUAUUUUCAAUAAAUAAAUAUGUAAGUGAACGGAACAAUUUAUCCAAUGAAAUAUGAUACUACAUUCAUUAAAAUAGCUCAAACGGAGGGAUAAAUGCAUAAAUUAUAUCUGCCUAGAUAUUGGUCGACGGAAUAUUAUGGUUAUAUUGUAAAAUUGAGGAACCUGCAGCUAAUUAGAGACGUAAAUUAUGACUAGGCCUAAGACUAAAUAAUAAUUAAUAUGGUGUGUGAUCGUACGUAUCAUUUUUCCAUUUAUUCAUCGUCGAAUGAUUGAAGAAAGUUAUCAGUGCUACGAUAAAAUCCAUCGCGCCACGGGCACUGACGAGAAAUAAGAAUUGAGAAAUAAAAUCAGAUUGAAUGGUGAAAGUCGCACGAAUUGUAUAAUCAGGUUCAAUUGAAUGGAAACAUUUUUUUUCUUCAUUUUUUAUACACACCCUUCACCGUUGGCGGGAUUUAUCGUUGCAGGUUGCAGACUCAGGAAAAAAGAAAAAUUAUUUCUCGAAACUUUCACUACGUUGAGCCUGUAACGAAGGGGCCAUAUUUUCGAUUGAAAAGUUAGAAAAAAGAAACAAAAAAAAAUUAUUGCAUCUCUUUCUACGAGAUUCUAAAUAUCUACACCAGGUAGACGUGAAAACUGGUAUGUAAUGGGGUCGGGCUUUGAUUACAGCCGAUCCAAAUUUUAUUGCUCAUAAGUGUUUGUAAUAAAAAAUCGUAAUCACACUCGUUUCAUUACCUGUAUAAUUAAUAUGACACGACAACGAUCAUGAAUUUUCAAACGACAGAAAAGUGCGUAAGAGAAAGUACUGAGUUUUGUCUUAUAUCAAUUCGGUUACUUUGCUGUUGUUUUUUACGCUUGUUUCGAUGAUUGUUGCAAAUAUUAUGUAUUCAACGGCUCGGUCUUUUUGUCGAAAUUAUUUUUGAUUCGAAUUGCGAUUGGUCGGAUUAUGCGUAUUCCGUAGGUUGAUUUGAUAUUUAUUUAAAGCUUCUGUAGCAUGAGCCGCCCAUAGGUGAGAAAAAAUUUCUCGAUUCGCCCCCGUUGACUUUUUUUAAUUUCUUCUCAAAGAUUUAUUGAUAGUGCAAAAAGUUAUUUCAUCUAAUUAAGUUUGAAAUAAAUGUGAAAUGGAUUCGAAGCGAGGAGAUAUGAAUAAUAUAAUAAACAAUAACUGAAUGAGUAAAUUAAGUAAAUGAAUGAAUAAGUAAACAAAUUAAUAAAUAAAUAAAUGAAUAAAUAAAUAAAAGAACAAUAAUUACAUGUUGUUGUGGAAGUAAGCACAGUGAUAGUUACCUAUUAUAAAUUAAACGAUUAAAAAAAACGGAAGAAGAAGAACAAAAAAGCUAUACACGUAACAAACAACAAUUAUCCACAAUAUAUACAUAAAUAGAUAAACAAAUUAUAUAAAUUGAUAUUAUACAUAUAUAUAUGAUAAGACACGUAGCAAAAUAUUUUAUGAGGGUGUGAGUGAUUAUUUACAAUUAAAGCAAAGUAAAUUGUAAUAAUUAUAUACUAUAACACAAUGAAACGCAGGUCUCUGUUAUUUAAGACCAAGUUGAAAAAGAAAAAUGAAUAAAUAAAUAAACAAAUUAUAAAUGCCCCCUCGUUAUAAGUCACAAGGAAGGAAGAGGAGUUUUAUAAAGGUGACAUACCUGAGUAUAUCCAUGUACAUUAUUAUUUAUAUCAUAAAACAUAUUUAAUCAGGGCCUAGCACAAAUACGAAAGCAAUGAUUACGUUAUCAUACAGACGCACGAGCUUAUAGUUAAUAUUCCCAGCCAACUUUCAUUAUCUGAAAGGAUUUUAAAAACCCUUACUUUCACCCUUGUAUCUAUACAUCAUACAUAAUAUACAUACAUACAUAUGUACACCCGAUCGAUAAAAUUAUAUACAUAUUUUAUCCAUUUUCUGUGAUUUUUGCAUUCAAUUAUCGAAUAAGUAAGAUUCGAAUGACGUUAUGAUUUCUUACACCUUUGUAGAAAUCUUUUCCUCCACGUAUAUACCUAUAUGAUCUACACCGUAGAUCGACUAAAACUCUACGAACGGACGUACACGAAAAUUAUCCGAUAAUCCGUAAAGUUGUGUAAGUUAUAUACAUAUAUAUAUACGUGUAUAUAUAUAUAUAUUAACGAAUAUGUUACAAUAAUGUUAUUAAUGAAUAUUAAUAAAAAAAAUAAUACUAGUCAUAGUAACGAUAUUGAAAUAACGAAAACGAUUGAAAUAAGGAAACAAAAUAUAUAUGUAUAUACAUAUAUAGUGAGGUAAAUUAUGUAUAUAACAAUAUGUUCAUGUGAAAUAGGAUAAAUAAUGAAUUAAAUGUGGCAAGGGGGAUGCGAUUAUAUAAAGGGUGGUUCGAUGAAAACUGGUUACCUUUUUGGCCGAUGGAUGAAACUUUUCAUUCCGUUUAGAAAAUUGAAAAUAGAAUCCGUGGUUCGUAAAACGCCUUCAAAUUUUUUUCGAAUUUUACAAUCGACCGGUUGUUCGGAUCACCCUGUAUAUAAAUGUAAUAAUAUAUUAUGAAUUGCAUACGAUACGUUAUUGCUGCAGAAUGAGUGUAUUCAACAUAUCUGAUUGUGAGUUAACGUCCGCCAAUCUUUAGCUACAGUUCCAGUGACAUUUUUCCAUUCUUUAUUCAAGAUCUUGGCUUUUGGUUGACUGUAACGAAUUAUGAUUUCAUUAAAAAUUCGACUCAAUAACGUGCCUGCAGCGUAUAUCUAUUUUUUUAUGCGAUUACCUGCGAUAUUAGACGCUGUACCGUUGAUAAGUAUUUUUAAUUUUUCAAAAUUGUUCAUGCAUUCGCGUCGGUGCGAUCAGCUUAAUUUCAUCGAUAUUUUAGAUGCUUAAUUAUUAUUCUUCCACAGUUUUCAGUGAACGAUCUUUAUGACGAAGCAUUCGGAAGUAUUGAUCGUAACAAAGCAGAACGGUAUCCGGUAUGACUGAUGUGAUGAGAAUUUGAAUUUUAUAAAGAAAAAUAGAA